AUAAGCAAUACAUUUAAAUUGUUUUUUUUUUUUAUGAGCAUUAUGGAUACAAACAGACGACUAUGCAACAAGCGCGUCUGUCUCACAUACAUUUUUACAUUUUCACUACUUGUCCUCUUUUUCUACCAUUUAAUGUGGAAUAACAGAAAGAGUAUUGUCGGUCUUACACGGCUGCAAGAGGAUGUUAACUGUAUAACGCAAGCGCUAAAAGUGGAUUGCGCUGGACAGAAAUAUAGCAACCUGCCUUGCGGAAAAACUAACUGCCUCGCCCGUGAUUCUCAGAAAUCAAUAGGAUGUAAUACACGAGAAUUGAAUGCUUGUGUGGAUACGCUGGUUAAGCGCAAGCUUGGUAAUAUAAUGGACGAUGUAUAUAGCCUAAAGAAAAAAGUUAUGGAAAGGGGGUGUAAUGUGAAGGGAAAUAGGGCCCCAGUUCCCAACACGGAGGCAUUGAUUUUGGCGCCAACUCGUAUAAACUACGCUUCAGAGGAGCUGGGUGCACGCAUAAUAUAUGCAAUAGCAAAGCCAAUUGGCGAAAGCAGCUUUAUUAAGAAUCUUCUCGGCCUUGAAUUUAGUGCCAACCCGCCAAUAAAUAUGUUGCGCCCGAGUAUAUUACCAGGAUCCUGCUUCGGCUUUCGUGGCACUGAGGCUACGGUGUCGCUGCACUUGGCCAAAGUUAUAUUCGUGGAUGAAAUAAGUCUGUCGCAUGUGGCCAAGGAGAUGACUCCCAGUGCAUCUGUGGAUAAUGCGCCAAAAGAUUUUGAAGUAUAUGGUUUACCUCCAGAUAGCAACAAGAAAGAGCUGUUAGGUCAGUGGGUGUACGAAAAUGAUCUGAAGAAACGUACACAGAAUUAUGUUGUCAAAAAUAAGCGAAUCUUUUGCACAUUGGUAUUUGUAUUUAGGUCAAAUCAUGGCGGAAAUUCCACCUGCGUCUAUCGCGUGGAAGUGUACGGCCGAGUUCCAUAGAGCAUAUGUUAAUUAACGUUAAUAAUUAUGAAUGUUGAGUUCAAGUUUUAUCAGA